AUGAACUGCUACGAAGAUCCUAGCUUGAUAUAUCCCUACCUGGAUCGAUCCUCGUUUCCCUCUUACUCCCUUUCGACUCGGGUUCGGAAAAGGGCUCUCGGAAAAUCUUUAGCGCGAACUUGGGAUAGAGUCAAAGUUCUCGGUGGUCAUGCUGGAUGUAUCAACGCCUUACACUGGGCACACGGAGGUGAACUCUUGCUGAGUGCGGGAGAUGAUACCACGGUACAGAUUUGGAGACUGGAUCCGACGAACACUUUCGAAGAUUAUCCAUUCGUAUGUCGGACGGUAAUUCACACUGGGCACAGAGCCAAUAUCUUCAAUACCGCUAUGCUUCCCUAUUCUAAUCGAAUCUGUGACAGUGCGACAGUAUCCGGGGACAGACAAGUUCGCGUAUUCGAUGUCGGCGAAGACUAUGAAACUUCUGCUCUUGGACAAGAAAUUGGGCAGGAGUAUUGUCUGAAUACUUUGAGAUGUCACGAAGACCGAGUCAAGCGAAUAGCUACGGAAGAGAGUCCUGACCGAUUCCUUACGGUCUCGGAGGCAAGUGCAUAUCCUCUGUUCCCCUGCAAAGUAUUACUACUCAAGCCUACUAUCAAGGAUGGUACAGUGCGCCAGCAUGAUUUACGAACACCCCACGUUUGCCGUGAUCACUGUCCAGCUCCGCUAUUGCAAGUCCACCAUGAACUCUCGACACUCGCUACAUCUUCCUACUACUGUGUUGUCGCUGGAGAUUCACCAUAUGGAUAUCUUUUCGACCGCCGGUUUACGGGACGUGAUAUACCAGAUGAAUGGGGUAGGCGAGAUGAAGGCCUGGUGAGUUGUGUUCUACGCUUUGGUCGCACAAACCAGCGUAAGGUCCACAGAACACGCGCAUAUCCUCGAGAACACAUCACUGGAUCCAGAAUGUCAGCCGAAAAUGGCCACGAGGUACUACUUUCUUAUUCUUCAGACGGUGUAUAUCUAUUCUCGACGCUGCAUGACCCAGAAAGCAGUAGUAGUCCAUCAUCAUCAACCAUAGUCCCUCCAAAUCUCAAACGUCGUAGGAUUUCUCGUGAAUCCCCAUCAACGUCGUCUACGGUAUCUUCUUCUCCGCCUUCUGAAGGUGCUGCUGUGAAUCUCGAUUUGUUGGACCAUCUAGAGCGGGAGGAUGGGGAUCAAGGAGAGGAUGAGGAUUUAGAGGAAGAUGAUGUUGUCGAUCCAUUGAGAGGGGAAGAGUUGAAAGCAUUCUACUCUUGGACCGACAUUGUAACACCCUACCGACGGUUUUCUGGAGCCCGAAACGUCGAUACUGUGAAAGAUGUCAACUUUCUUGGUCCCCGCGAUGAGUUUGUCACAUCGGGAUCCGAUGAUGGCAAUUUUUUUGUGUGGCACAAGUCCACAGGAAAAAUCCAUGGCAUAUAUGAAGGAGACGGUGCCGUCGUGAACGUCAUUGAAGGGCAUCCGCAUUUACCACUAGUGGCAGUAAGCGGUAUCGAUCAUACUGUCAAGUUGUUCGCACCAGUCCAUCGUGAAAGCGCAUUCUCUCGAAUGUCUAACGCGGAAUCAAUCAUGGACAUGAACCGUGAACAGAGUGAUCUCCGGACCCACAUCCGCAGGAUUCGAAGACACGAUUUCGUCAACCUGCUAGCAUCAUUCAGAACGUCUACCGAUGGGGAAAAUAAUACUGAAGCGACCUCUGAUUGUGUCAAUCAAUGA